AUGACGCCCACCUUCCUCGCUAUUUCCCUUAUGGCGCAACUUGCAAUUGCAGCAGGUGCUAGUACCCCCAGCAUCGAGUGCACACUUUGCCAGGCUGCCGUGAACACCAUCCUCAGCCAAGCCCAACAGAACGCAACCGAGCACGCCAUUGCCAGCAAGGCAGAGGCCAUCUGCCUCAACGCCACACAGAACACCCAAGACGAAAACUGUGGGGAGUUUGCGGACAAGCUCGCACCCGUCCUCGUUAGCUUCCUUGAGGAGGUGGUCAACGCGGAGGAGGUGUGCGCUUUGGCGGAAUUGUGCUAA